AUGAGAACCAGGGUACACAACAACGCUGGAAGCGAUUGUAUCCUGAAAGAGUCUGUUCAACUCAACUUUGAUGAGGAUGACGAGGAGGAGAAGCUCUUCCUCUUUGUGCAGAACCAGAAGGUGAUGGGUGCACAGGAACUGGGUCGAGUUGAGAUUGGCUCCGACAAAAUGAAACAGCUUUUGAAGGAUGGGCAGCGGAGAGGUGGAAAUAUCCAGUGGACCGAUGCCUCCUUUACAACCAGCUUUCAGCUUAUUCCUCGUGGACAGAUUUGGGUUACAGCCGUCUGA